GGAUUUGAGAAUCAAGUGUUGGAAGCGCCUUCUUUCCGCCCAUUGGCUGAAUUGUUAGAGGGGCGCCAACUAGCGAACCGGGCCUAGAGCGGAAGACGCCGAAAAGAAGGCUGGCACACGCACUUCCGGCGCGCUCCGUGAGGAAGAUGGCUGCAUCUCAGCCGCAGGUCCCGGCGGCUUCUUCCUCUGCUGGUGUGUCGGGUCCAGGCUCGGCUGGUGGCCUGGGUACCCAGCAGCAACCGCAACCACCUACGCAGCUGGUGGGGUCUGCCCAGGGCGGGCUCUUGCAGCAACAGCAACAAGACUUCGACCCUGUGCAGCGGUACAAGAUGCUCAUCCCACAGCUGAAGGAGAGUCUGCAGACUUUGAUGAAGGUUGCAGCCCAGAACUUGAUUCAGAACACUAACAUAGACAACGGACAAAAAAGCAGUGACGGACCCAUCCAGCGCUUUGACAAGUGUCUGGAGGAGUUCUACGCCCUCUGUGACCAGCUGGAGCUCUGCCUGCGCCUGGCACAUGAGUGCCUGUCACAGAGUUGCGACAGCGCCAAGCACUCUCCCACGCUGGUGCCCACAGCAACCAAGCCAGAUGCAGUACAGCCUGACAGCCUACCCUAUCCUCAGUACCUGGCAGUGAUCAAAGCCCAGAUUGCCUGUGCCAAGGACAUUCACACCGCUCUGCUAGACUGUGCCAACAAGGUUACUGGGAAGACUUCUGCACCACCUACUGGCUCUGGGGGUGCCUUGUGAGCGGGCAGGGCUGGGAGUGGGCAAGUUGUGGGGGAGAGGGACAGGGAGGGAAUGAAGA